CUUCAUAAGCACUCCGCCCCCAUUCACGAGAGAGAGAGAGAGAGAGAGGAACGAAAGGGAGGGGAUUCGACGGAAGGCGACGAUGACGGCUGCUCCGAGCAUAGCGACGGCGGUGGUCAUGCUGUCAUGCAUCGUGACGGCGGCGGUUGCUUUGAACGUGACGACGUUGCCCUUCGACGAAGGCUUCUGCCACCUCUUCGGCGACGACAACCUCGUACGCUCCCCGGACGGCCGCAGCGCCCGUCUCAUCCUCAACCGCUACUCCGGUUCGGGCUUCAUAUCGAACGACCUUUACGACCAUGGGUUCUUCAGCGCCUCCAUCAAGCUGCCGUCCGAUUACACGGCCGGCGUCGUCGUCGCCUUCUAUACUUCUAAUGGAGAUAUAUUCGAGAAGACACACGAUGAGUUGGACUUCGAGUUCCUGGGCAACACGAGGGGUAGAGAGUGGAGGAUACAGACUAAUGUGUACGGGAACGGAAGCACCAGUCGAGGCCGGGAGGAGCGCUACCUCCUUCCCUUCGAUCCCACCGUCGAAGCUCACCGAUACUCCAUCCUGUGGACCUCCGACUUCAUCAUAUUCUACAUCGACGACACCCCUAUCAGGGAGGUGGUCCGGAGCGACGCCAUGGGCGGCGACUACCCGUCGAAGCCCAUGUCCGUCUACGCCACCAUAUGGGAUGGCUCCACCUGGGCCACCGGCAACGGCAAGUACAAGGUGAACUACAAGUACGCGCCGUUCGUCUCCGAUUUCUCCGACCUCGUCCUCCGCGGCUGCCGCGUCGACCCCAUCCAGCAGCCGGACUCCGCCAGGCGGUGCGCCGAGGCCAACGAAGACCUCCUGACGGCCGACUUCGCGGUGAUGACCCCCAAGAAGCGUGCCGCCAUGCGCCGCUUCCGCGAGCGCUAUAUGACCUACGCCUUCUGCUACGACACCAACCGGUACCCGCUCACGUUCCCGGACUGCGACGUGAUUCCGUCGGAGCAGAGCAGGUUCUUCGAGUGGGGCGAGACCAAGUACCCGAGGGAGCGCCGGAGGUCCAGGCGCCAGAUCCGGAAGCCGCCGAGGGCCGGCGACCCAAAGCGCGAGGCGGACGUCUAACUGCUGCUGUUGCUAUGCUCAUCCCGACAAUAUUCUUCCAUUCUUGGUUGUUCAUGUGAGUAGGACUGAUGGCUUCUUUGUUUUGUUAUGGUGUGUGCGUCGUCGGUACGUAUUCGUUGAUUCUUUGUGGGUGGUCAUCCGUGUGCAACUUAAUUUUAUGUGAAGCAAUGGUGGGUGUUUAGAUGCUAUCAAGGGGUUGGUUAGAUAUCGUAGUCAUGGAGGACAUCGAUGGAUGCUUUUCCCGAGUGCGAGCAUAUCGGGUUGGCCAUUUGGUACACGCAAAUAUAUGCUAUCUUAUCUUU